CUGACCUCGACAGACUUCAACACCUUCUCCCUUCCUCAUCAACACGACCGGCUGACUACCCGCAAACAUGUCAUCGAGCGAAGACGUUCCUCUCCCCAUCCCGGACAUUACAGUCCAGCAACACCUCUUCACUCUCGUCUCUCCUCGUUCCACCUCAGCCCAGCAGAGCUCCGCCCGCGAUGCAAUCCUCGCUGCAGUCAAAAAGGACAAGAUGGCUCCCUACUACUCGUACCUCUUCACCAUUCCAGAGAUCGCCGCCUCUCCGAAUCUCCUCAAGAAGGACAACUCCUUGCUGACCGAGUUGCAGGAAGCCAACAAGGCUGAUCUGGCUGCCUUCGACGAGGAGGAGAAGAAGAACGAAGAGGAGGAGGGAGACAUGGAAGUGGCAGCUGUCAAGCGCAAGAGGGCAGUCUACUUGGCUCAAAUCGGCGACAAGGAGCAGGGACUUGAGGCCCUCAAGAAGCUGUCCUCCAGCCCAUCGGUGGGCGUAGGAUCGAGGAUCGAUCUGGCCAUGGCGCAGAUUAGGGUUGGGUUGUUCUAUGGCGAUGCCCAUGUUACCGCGCAGAGCAUUGAACAGGCGAGGAUUCUCAUCGAGAAGGGAGGCGACUGGGAUCGUCGUAAUCGCCUCAAGGUCUACGAGGGCCUUCACCUCCUCUCCAUCCGUGACUUCAAGCGAGGCGGGCAGCUCUUCCUUGACGCCCUUCCCACUUUUACGGCCACAGAGCUCAUCAGCUUCCACGACUUUGUCAGCCUGACUGUGCUCUCGAACCUGUUGAGAUUGGGUUGGGAGGGAAAGCGCGCCGAGCUGCGCAAGAAGGUCAUUGACUCGAGUGAGGUAUUGCAGGUAAUCGACGACAUGCCCCACCUCAAGUCCCUCUCCACCUCCCUGUACAACGCCGAAUACUCCACCUUCUUCAAGUCCCUCGCAGAAGUCGAGCAAAAUCACCUCCUCCCCUCGCGUCUCCUUUCUCCUCACUCGCAGUUCUACGUACGCGAGAUGCGCAUAAUCGCCUACGGCCAGCUUCUGGAGUCAUACAGGUCGCUGACGGUCGACAGCAUGGCGAGGGAGUUCGGCGUCAAGAAGGAGUUCAUCGAUUCGGACUUGGCGAGGUUCAUUGCGGCAGGGAGGCUGACGGCAGUCAUCGAUAGAGUUGCUGGAGUUGUCGAGACGAGGAGGCCAGACAGCAAGAAUGCGCAGUACGCUAGGAUGAUCAAGGAGGGAGACAUUGUCUUGAACUCAUUGCAGAAGCUCAGCAGGACAGUGCUGUAGAUGACGAAGAGAUCAAUACAAAGCAGCUGUCAUCCUCUC